AUGGCUCGACUUCGUGGUAGCCCGUCGAAAGAUGCUGAAAAGCAGACGACCGCCGAAAUUGGUGCCAAGAAAACGCCAGUCAAAUCCUCAGGAAAGAGAGGAAGGAAAUCCACACCUAGUCCACCACCAACAACCAGGUCGUCUCGAUCACAAUCACGAGUCCGCCGUCCAAGCGUGAGACUUGCAAAGAACAACCUUGAUGAGCACAUACACAAAAGGAGCAGGCCAAUGGAGAUUAAGGAUCCGUUUCAAUCUCUUGCGGCAGAUAUCUCAAGCGACAAUUUGGUAGAAACACCAGUACCAAAAGCAAAAUUGCCGCGCAAUUACUGGAUUGCUAACAGCAAAGAACUUUCGCCUCCAUGGAUAGCAUGUUCGGAAUUCGUACCGCCGGCCAUGAUUGAGUUUUUGAUGCGCUGCAAGAAGAGAACAGCUCUUGCAAUAAAGUUCCAAAAGGGCGACAAAAUCACAAACAUGGAAGGCGCCAUGCAUACCUUUGUCACCUCUCUAGAGUUGGCCUGGUUGCAUGGUGAAAGAGGCUACAACAAAGGCCACACCUUCACGCCGUACCUUCCAAGCGGCAAUUUCAGGCGCGGUCGACAAGUCUUGAUAAGUAACAUGAUACACCAAGACUUUGAGACGGACGAGGUGAUGAUGAAACUGGCCUCCUUGACGAAGAGUAAGACGACUCUUAUCGCGGAUUUCAGCAUUCCCUCCACCGAGGAGAAGCAGUCUGAUGAUGUUCGAAACAGAUACGAUGAUGCUUUGCGACGGCUCAUGGUAUACAGCUUGGUCCUGGAUGGUGAGCUUCCAAGCAUCGAAGUGGGCAGCGCCAAAGCCAUGUCGCGGACACAAGCCAAGUCGUUCCUCGCCAAAAAGGUCCUGGAAGCCGACUGCAGAAAUGUCUUAGAACAAGUCAGAAAUAGUUUGUUUUGGUUGACAGCGACAUCUAAGAGAGAUAUUCCAUUGCUUUCGCUUGAGCUUCUGGUCGUGACUGCGUAUCAUCAAUUCCGAAAUGAGAUGGAUGCUCUCGAGAGGAUCUGCAAGCACCAAGGUUAUAUCUACACAUUCUCAGCACCUAAAAUCUUCAUUGAAGAGUUUGGCAGCGAAGAUGGACAAUGGGGGUUGUGGAUGCGAACGGCACUAUCGGCUGCACCAGAAGUGCGGGUGAUGACAAAACAAGAGCUGUACAGCAAGGAGGACCCAUCCGACUGCUACAAUCCACCAUGUGCGGGCACUAUGCUUGUGUUGCACAACUGCUCGGAUGCGUUUGGACAGAACAUUCUGUAUGAAACUGGUGCUGGAAGUCUUGAUGCUAUCAUCGGACGCUUCACGAGUGCAGCAGGAAGUCUACUUAACGACCGCGAAGAUCUUGUAAGCAUGGUCUCGAUACAUGCCGAGUAG